AGUUAAUUACUUAUUACCUUCCAAACUUUUAUUAUGAAGAGGGGAAAUUUUAUGCGUUUGCUCGCCACCGAGACAAACAGCUCAGCUAAAGCCACAAAUUUUGGAGAAGUUAUCUGCAAGUGGACUUUUACCGGGUCAUUGGUACAGCCCUCACUUGGUAGAAAAUCAGGCAGACAGAAAACAGCAUUAUGGUAUUUAUCCACUUGUCUGCACAACUGUCUUUAGGCCUUGGCAAGUAUGCCAUCAUGGCAACCUUACCACGUGCCGGUUUGACACCCCUUGUUACCUGCUAUAGCACUUCCGCUACCAAUAGGAGAACCCCAUCCUUCAGCUAUGUCAUCGUUGGGGCGGGGUCAGCUGGGUGCGUGCUGGCCAACCGCUUGUCAGAGAACCUGUCUGAGUCAGUCCUCCUCCUGGAGGCAGGGCCUAAAGACAUGCUGCUUGGCUGCACCCACCUCUCAUGGAAAAUACACAUGCCAGCAGCACUCACCUACAAUCUUUCCAAUGACAAGUACAACUGGUUCUACCACACGCUGCCCCAGACGGGCAUGGACGGCCGGGUGAUGUACUGGCCCCGUGGACGGGUCUGGGGUGGCUCAUCCUCUCUCAAUGCCAUGGUGUACGUACGAGGCCAUGCUGAGGACUACAACCGCUGGCAUAGGGAAGGUGCAGGCGGCUGGGACUACGAACACUGCCUGCCCUAUUUCCGCAAGGCCCAGACCCACGAGCUCGGGGGCGACCGUUACCGGGGCAGCAGCGGGCCACUUCAUGUCUCCCAGGGGAAGACCGGGCACCCUCUGCACCGUGCGUUCAUCGAGGCUGGCCAGCAGGCAGGGUACCCAUUCACUGAGGAUAUGAAUGGCUACCAGCAGGAGGGAUUUGGGUGGAUGGACAUGACCAUUCAUAAAGGCAAGAGAUGGAGCACAGCUAGCGCAUACCUGCGUCCCGCACUGUCCAGGCCCAAUGUGAAGGCUGAGGUCCACUGUCUGACCACGCGCGUCCUGUUUGAUGGGACCCGGGCCGUGGGAGUUGAGUACCAGCAGAAUGGGCAAAUGAAGAAGGUGUUUGCUGAUAAGGAGGUCAUUCUAAGUGGUGGGGCCAUUAACUCUCCCCAGCUGCUUAUGCUGUCUGGGGUAGGGGAUGGUGACGACCUGCAGAAGCUGGACAUUCCGGUCAUACAGCAUCUUCCAGGAGUGGGCAGUAAUCUGCAGGACCAUCUGGAAGUACACGUUCAACAGCAGUGUACCCAGCCCAUUACUCUGUUCAAGGCCCAGAAGCCAUUCCACAUGCUGAAGAUCGGCCUGGAGUGGCUUCUCUGCUUCACAGGCUACGGCGCCACAGCUCACCUGGAGAGUGGGGCCUUCAUCCGUAGUCGCCCCAGCGUCACCCACCCCGAUAUCCAGUUCCAUUUCCUGCCCUCGCAGGUGAUCGACCACGGGCGCAUCAGACCCACCACCGAGGCCUACCAGGUACAUGUUGGCCCAAUGAGAAGUACAAGUGUUGGCUGGCUAAAAUUGAGGAGCAGAAACCCCUUUGAUCACCCUGUCAUCCAACCGAACUACCUCUCCACAGACAUCGAUGUGUGGGAGUUGCGCCAAUGCAUGAAGCUGGCACGCGAAAUCUUUGCCCAGAAGGCCUUUGCCCCGUUCCGGGGGCCCGAGGUACUACCAGGCGCCGCCGUCCAGUCCGACAAAGACAUCGACGCCUUGGUGCGGCGCAAGGCAGAGAGCGCCUACCACCCGAGCUGCACGUGCAAAAUGGGCCGUCCGACAGACCGCGCGGCUGUGGUGGACCCCGAGACGCGCGUUUACGGCCUGGACGGUCUGCGGGUGGUAGACGCCUCCAUUAUGCCCAGUAUGGUUAGUGGCAACCUGAACGCGCCCACCAUCAUGAUUGCUGAGAAGGCUGCAGAUGCCAUCAAAGGUCUGGUGCCACUCUGUGACCCUGGAGUGCCUGUCUACCAGCCGCCUAGUCUGGAGAGACAGAGAUGAGGGAUGCAGCUAAUUUGCACACCUCCUUAACCUAAGUAAUCCAGCAAUGAAAACAGCAUUUUAAAAAAAGCACUAAAAUCCAGCGAUUGUAACACUAAAGCAUGAGUUUUUGCUGCUAUACCGCAUGAGGCCAGGAAAGGUAGUCAUGCCUUGGUACAGACAUUAAUAUUGGACAAGUAGCUUUCCAAGGUUUCAACAUUUAACUUUUGGUGUGGCUGAGGGUUCACUGGGUAAUUAAAUGGUACACAGUAGUUGGUUGGUUUGUUUUGGUUUUUUUGAGGUUGGUGUCUGAGGGUCAUCAUAUUAGAAGUUGGUUUAGUUCACAUGUGACUUGUUAACGAGAUCAAAGAAAUCCGAUUUGAUGUCACUUCAGGAUUUCUUAAAUAGAAGUGCUCUCACUUUUGUUAAAGCUGCUGGCUGGGGCAAUGAACAAAAGUGUAGUAUUUUAUACAUGGUCCACACUGAAGUCUUUAAUUAUUUAGUAUGGAGUCGAAGUUUUAAAACAGAACAUACCUCAUUGAGUCAGUGUUGGGAAUGAAAGCAUAUUUUUACUCUAGUUUGUUUAGUGUUUGCAAUUGGAAGUUUGGAAACUGGAAGUUGCAACAUUGAUUUACUACAUUAAAACCAGGUGCAUCACUAGCAUCUGAGGUUGCUUGAUUUUUAUGCAAGCUAUUAAAAAUAAAGAUGACGAGUAGAUUUUAUGCAAGUUACUAAUCACUACACACAGAAGCAGUUUAUAUGCCAAAUCUGGAAUGAUCUUUAAGUAUACAAAUGAAUAUCUUAAAUGUACACAUACAUGUUAUUAAUUGACUUAAUGAGGACAACUAGAACUAUUUGAGUGUAUUAAAAUGUGCCCUUUUAAGCAUUCAUUAAGUAUUAAUGAAGUCACUGAGCAAUGCAUGUGUUGAGUUCAGUCAACUGACUGCUGAGAGUUGUGACUGUAUUGGGUGUCAACAGUUUACACUCACCUGGCAUACUUUUAUUUUCAUCACCUCAUUUGGGGUUACAUCACUUUUUUUUUUAAUUAUUUUUUAAAAUUCAUUUAGAAAAGAAUCCAGGCCAAGACAAAAGAUGAAUUACAAUGUACAAAACCAGAUUGUCCAUCAGUAAAAAACUGACAGACCUGGACCAGGAGCUACAGACUGAUACUGGAAUAUUUAGACUGAAAACAUUAUUGAACAAAAAUGAGAUUUCAAGUACACAAAAUCACAAUAUGAAAAAUAAACAUUAAUUUAUCAUACUU